UAAGCGUGGUUAUGUCGAAACCAUUGACGAUAGGCUGAAUAAGGUAUUUUCCGGCGGAUGGAGCAAGAACGCAGCCCUUUGUACCUUUUUGCCUCGUAGGAUCGAGCAAGUGUUGACGAAAUAUUUUGAAGGAGCCGAUGCGCCGCAAUCGAAAAACCUCAAUAACAAAACCGAACGUGUUGUCAAUGGACCUGAGAUGGGAGUUUAUGAUGCAGUGAAUAUGUCCAAGAAUUUAGAAAAGAUAGAUGUUGUCGCGUUGUCAGAAUCGAUGAACUCGUUGACAGUGAAAAACAACACUAGAUAUUUCACCAUCAAUGAUGAUGCUGAUAAGAAUGCCACGCCUGAAAACACUGGAGAUGCCAUGACGGAAAUUAAGGAGAUGGCGGAAUUCCUAACAUCGGAACCGCCUCUUCCAGAAGUAUACAAAGGCUCCCGGGAACUUCCCGAGGAAGAUCUGAUCAAUCAUUUGGUAGACAAAUACCGCCGUCAUGGUUUCGCAUCAAAGGCUCCAUUGAUACACAUACCCACGUUCCUUAAACAACUUAGAGACAAACACAACCCGCCUUCCAUCUUUUUACUGAAUAGUCUGAUGGCCGUAUCCAGCUUCUACACGGACGACGAGAGGGUGCUUAAGUCGGGCAAUCCGGAGACUGCCGGCGAAAUAUUCUUUGAACGUGCCAUCGCAUUAAAUCGUGACUGUUCCAAGUGGAAUAUCAGUGAAUUAGAGAAGGCGAUGAGAGUGAGGGUUUUCUGGUCUGUCAUGAACGCUGAGAUUAUCUCAUGCGCCUCAUUUGGGAAACCUUUGCCCGUCUAUGAUUACAACACCCCAUAUCCAUAUCCAAUUGAAGAGGAUGAAAAUCCACAGGAAAUCGUUAAUUAUAUGCACUAUUCGAAGUUGAUACAUAUUUACGGAAACACUCUACACUCAAAGCCUUACUUCUCACAUCCUGCAUCGUUUCGUAACACUCUGCCAGCUGUUGAGGCUGCAUUGCGUAAAUGGUCGUUGGACUUACCUCAAAACUUGCAAUUUAAUCUCUCUGCCGCCGGUGAUCCGGAUCCUUCUACUCCAUUUUACACUGCCUUUAUAAACCAAAUCUACUUUGCGAUAAUUAUCUCACUUCACAGACCUUAUAUAAAUUCCGAUCAAUACCCGAACAUUGAUUCUCGUAAAAAAUGCAGAGAGGCGGCUAUUAACAUUACCAAGCUUUCAGCUUACAUGAAUAUUAAAGACCGGUCGUACGUAUAUGCAAAGAUGUCUCGCCUCUUUCGAAAAAUUUGCGAGGAGUUGUAG